UCAACAUAAUUAUUAACUCCAUGAGUUGCUGCAAGAGUACUUUGGCCACAGAAUUAUAGUGUUGUCUCAUUUGGAACAUGUGUUGGACAACAGCAGGUCUGUCACUGCUGCGAUUAUGGACGACAAGACACAGAAGCUUAGCCUGAAGCGGGAACUAGGGCUGGUGGGAGCCGUAUCCCUCAUCGGAGGGACAAUGAUCGGAUCCGGGAUCUUCAUGUCCCCGCAGACGGUGCUGUACACCAUUGGCAGUCCUGGAGCCAGCUUGGUGGUGUGGGCAUGCUGUGGUGUGUUGGUGAUACUGGCGUCUUUCUGCUACGCUGAGCUGGGCACUGUCAUAACAGAGUCAGGUGGAGAGUACAUCUACAUCCUCAGGACUUCAGGACCAGUAGUUGCCUUCCUGUUAAUCUUUAGUUCUGUGUUGUUUGUGAGACCUGCUGGUGUUACUGGCAUCGCGCUGAGUUUUGCCCAGUAUGUCGUAGCUCCGUUCUACCCGGACUGUGCCCCUCCAGUGCUGCUGGUUAAGUGUGUGGCUGCAGCUGCAAUUAUAACACUAGCCACUGUAAACUGCCUUAACGUUCGCUUUUCAGUGUCAGUCCAAGUGUUUUUUAUGGUGGCCAAGGUCCUGGCCCUGGCAAUCAUUAUAAUUGGAGGUGUGGUGAUGCUCGUCAGAGGGCACACUGACAACUUUGAAGACUCCUUUGAGAACACAAACUUGGGCAUCAAUCCGAUUGGUAUUGCUUUCUACCAGGGACUGUGGUCCUAUGAUGGCUGGAACAAUCUGAAUUAUGUGACGGAAGAGUUGAAACGUCCAGAGGUGAAUCUUCCCAGAGCAGUUGUGAUAGCAAUUUCCCUGGUGACCGGCUUGUAUCUGCUGGUGAACGUGAGCUACUUGACAGUAAUGACGCCCAAAGAGCUCAUGUCCUCCAAUGCAGUGGCAGUUACAUGGGGGAAUAAGGUGUUAGGAAGCUGGGGGUGGAUCAUGUCUGUAGCUGCAGCUUUGUCUGCUUUUGGUUCACUGAACGGGACGUUUUUCAGCGGUGGCCGUGUGUGCUUUGUUGCUGCCAGGGAGGGACACAUGCCAGAUAUUCUGGCCAUGGCUCACGUCCGCAGACUGACUCCAUCUCCAGCAUUGAUCUUCACCACUAUCGUCUCCUUGCUGGUGCUCAUCCCUGGAGACUUCCAGAGUAUCGUUAACUACUUCAGUUUCACUGCCUGGUUUUUCUAUGCCAUCACCCUGUCUGGACUCAUCUAUCUCAAGAUUAAGAAGCCAGAGCUCCCAAGGCCAUACAAGGUUCCCAUUAUUCUCCCCAUAUUGGUCCUCAUUGCAGCAAUAUUCCUUGUGCUGGCACCCAUCGUAGACAAUCCUCAGAUUGAAUACCUCUAUGUGUCUUUAUUUAUCGUGAGUGGAGUCAUAAUCUACAUACCUGUCAUUCAUUACAAGCUCUGCCCAGGCCUGUUGACCAAGUUAACAGUGUUCCUGCAGCUGUUCUUAGAGGUCGCCCCGGCUGAGAAAAAUCUGUGAUUUGGACAGAAAAAUCCAGGAGAAAAAUGUGUUGUUUUGUUUUGUUUUGUUUUUUUGCUAUGAUACUUAUGAAACAUUGCAGUUUGCAUUCAGUGGCCAUUAAAUAUUUCCUCCCACUUCUCUCGACUACUGUUAACACACAACAAUCUGCCUGUAAAAAUGCUCCAAAAAGCAUUAAUCAGUUGGAGUUUACAUUUGACUGUCUUAGAAGCAGUGUUCAAUGUGCCCAGGUGCACUUAGUUUUCUUUUCUUUGCUGACAUUCUUGAAGAAUUGGAGAGCACAUUUGUUUGUUUUGUUGCAUGUGCAACAAUUUAUCACAUGUGGCUUAGCAGAAUAUGAACUUUAAUAGCUGUGAAUUUCUGUUUCAGUUUAUUGUGAACAUUUAUCUGCAGCAGGUUUCAGACCAAAGAUCCAUAAAAAAAGUAUUCUGGAUGAAUUUAGCAACAACAAAAACCCAUAUAUAGAGAUUUUGGAGGAGCAAGAAGAGUUAUUCUUGACUCCCUCUAUUCCUGCACAAUAUACAGACACUAACGACAGCUCUCACUGUCUGCAAACUCUUGCACUGAUACCACAGUGAGAAAAAGCACCGCAAGCUAAAUGCUCUACUUUUUAGCUACAAGGGAAAAAAAUUGUCACAAUAUUGCAGCUCCUCCGAGGUGCAUGAAACAAAAAAACCAAAGAACCAAACUGCAGCAAACUUUGUCAUUAAACACUUACUGUUACAUAAACAUGACUUGUGAUUUCAAUAAUAUGAUGCAUCGGAAAUAUUGUAUGAAAAGAAAACAAGGUUUUUGUUCUAACACCAGCAUAUGAUUUAUAAUUUCUUAUGACUUAAUAUUUAUAUGCCAUAUAUUUUGCUACUGACAAUGUCUGCAAUAUUUGUUUUGUACUGUAUUUGAUUUGUGAUUAAAAAAAAAUACAGUGUGGAUAAAUGCAUAAAUGAUUUUUGGGGACUUAAAAUUCAAAUAAAAACAAA